AUGCUACUCAGAGGAGGACAUAAAUGCAGUAACAUAGAAGGCUAUGAGAAGCUCUGUAGGAUAUCCUCUGGGAGUUUUGGCAAUGUAUACAAAGUUAGACGUACUGCAGACAGCAAGGUGUUUGCUCUUAAGAGGAUGAACCCGUCGAUGUGCUAUGACACCAAUGGAUUUUCGAUUCUGUACAUAAGAGAAGUGAUGAUUUUGAAGCACGCAAGAAACAAAAAUGUGAUGAAGAUUGAGGAAGUGGUGGAAGGAAACGAGAUCAAUGAUUUCUUCAUUGUGAUGGAAUGCUGUGACAUAGACUUAAAGUCUGUCAUCCAUAGAGUAAGGGAAAUGGAUGUGAGGCUGAUUAGGUUCUUUAGGUGGCAGAUUCUUCAGGGACUUAAAUUUCUACAUGGAAUUGGGGUGAUACAUAGAGAUCUGAAGCCAUCAAACAUCCUCCUUAUGAGAAAUGGAGAUGUAAAAAUAGCAGACUUUGGGUUGGCCAGGGUUAUGGAAAGCACGAUGACUAAUCUUGUUGUUACCUUAUGGUAUAGGGCCAUUGAGGUAUUACUUGGGUCGGAGAGCUAUAAUGAGUCGAUUGACAUGUGGUCUGUUGGAUGCAUUGUUGGGGAGAUGCUGAAAGGAGAACCGAUUCUGCCUGGAGAGGGGGAGAUAGAUCAGCUAGGCAGGAUAUUCAAGCUCUUGGGAUAUCCUGAAGAUUCCGACUUUGACGGAUUUGACCUUCCCCACUUCAAGAAUAUUAAGAAACCUAAAAGCUUUUCGACAAGCUUUGAGAAAGAGUUUGGAAGUUAUGACUCUGAAGUUGUCGCCUUUACAAGGAACCUGCUGUCCUUUGAUCCCCGAAGGAGAUACUCAGCAUCUCAGGCACUUUCUAGUAGAUUUAUGACUGAUGGGCAAGAAUGCCCGAGAGAGCUUAUUGAAGAGGUGAUGGGGAUGUGCAUUGAAAGGUUUAGUGUGUGA